ACUAGCCAAUUACAUAAUCGUCUCCGGAUUUGUUUAGAGAUAAAACUGGCUUCUUAGACCUAGAAAUAUACAGUACAUGUACAUAUAGGAAUAAAAAUAUUUUCUUAAUUUAGAAGAAAGUUGCAAAAAUAUUGAAGCGGCUGAAGAGCUGGUCUUAUUCUAAAUAAUCACGUGUGUUUAUUUGUUAGCGCUUAGCUGAUCGUUAGCAUACUUGACGGCUAAGCUAACAACGAGAGGAGGAAAAAAAUGGCGGCUGGGAAGGUGUGCUUGAGAGGAAACAAGAAAGAAACGGCAGAGUGGACAGCGUUGUUCCAGAAUGACUUAAAAACCAAGAACGAGUCGCUGGUGUUUGUGAAGAGGAUGCUGGCCGUGGCUGUGUCGUCCAUCACCUAUCUGAGAGGGAUUUUCCCAGAGUAUGCCUACAGAUCCAGAUACCUGGAAG